AGCGGAAUUUAGCUUCUCGUUUGGCAUAUCUAGAUAAAUAAUUCUCCCAUAAAUUGUAAAAAACGAAUUCUUUUAGGCAGAGCCUAACGCUCAGGUAUGCACGCGCUUUUUUAUGCCAAUGUUAAGCUAUCAAAAUUGCAUAGUAAUCGGACUCCAAGCGCCGAAGUCAAAUAAGAAUACAGUUCCCAAUGGGGCAAAGACGCUUGUGUGUGUGUGUGUGUAUAUAUAUGUAUAUGUAUGUGUGUAAGCAAAGAAUGUUUGCAAUGGCAGCUGGCUGCUGGGCUUAGGGUAUCUGCUAGUCGGACCCUUCUUCUUGUUUUGAAAUUAUGUAGGAAUAUUUGUUCGAAAAACCUAGUCACAUAGCAUAUUACCAGGCAAACAGCAGAGCCUGGCAUAGUCUCAAGAGUCUCAGCAACAGGUCGGACAACAAAGCAACAGCAAAAAGUCGCAAGCAUUCAAAAAGUGUGCCAAAAAAACGCAAGUACAGCUGACAAAACGGCAAGAUGGCGGCCAGUGUUGGUAAAUGCCGCGAGGCGUAUCAACUGCUGCAGCCGGAGGCGCUGAGCGGGCGCAGCUACAAUCGACUCCAUUGCACCGUCUGCCCCUGCCCAGUGGACACUCGGGCUGCGGCAUGCCACAUCGGAGCAGCGCAUGGUGCUCUGAAGGUCAUGGAGCUGGAGAGUCCGGAUCGCUGGGAAUUGAACGAGUGCCGCGUUCUGCGCAAGCUGCAAGGGACAUCCCGCGAUCAUCAAUCUGCAUUAUAGUGGAGGCCGUGGAGAAGUCCAUGCGCCCGCUGACCGAGCCGCAGGUCACGCACAUCAUGCGCAACAUAGUCCAUGGCCUCGUCUAUAUACAGAGCAUGGACAUUGUGCACAGGGAUCUCAAGCUCGACAAUGUGCACGUCCGUGUGGAGAAGCGGGCGCCCCUGUGGGUCACCGAUGCGAAGAUCGCCGACUUCGGCCUGGCCUGCGACUGUCCGCCGGGCAGGCAGCUCUUCGAUAUUGUCGGCACCAAGGAAAUUCAAUGGGAUCCGUGCGGGCGGAACAUCGAUUCGUUCAGGGAAUGGUUCAAUUUCUGCGAUCUACUUGCCCAUAUGCUGAAACCCCAGCCCGAAAAGAGAUGGAACGCCGCGCAAAUAUCGCAGCAUCGAUUUUUCUCUGAAGUAUGGUACAGUUGCACCUGA